GUUUUGUGGUUGAAAGUUCAGACGAAAAAACAACAAAGUUUCAAGUCUAAUAUUAGCUAAUAUUAGCCUGUGGAUAUAUAUGAAACAAGAGGCUAACAAGAGCUGUUGGAGGGUAUAACACGUGGAGUUUUGUCUUCUUUGUUUCGACCAAAAUGAAUAAUUUCACAGUUUUCUCCAGCAUUUUUUUAUGCAUCUUUGUUUUCAUAAGUUUCAAGGCAGAUGCAGCAGAGAGAAGUCAAACGGAUGAAUAUCCCAGAGAUCAUCGCACAUAUCUUUACAAUUACAUGUAUAAAAAAUGGCCAAAGCUACGUGACCGAUGCAAAGUUAUACCAAAUUGGCAAUUUAACGGUACAAAUCCGAUUUUGGAGGAAGGUGAAAAAGGAUACACUGUGGUUUUAUUUUUAAUAAAAAGAACAUGCGAAUUUUGUUUAUCUCAGCUCGACUAUUUGAAUGACCUGGCUAAAUACUAUAGAGCAACCGAACGCAAAAUUUCAUUUGUUGCACUCAAUCAUAAAAAGCAACCCCUACCGCGAUCAAUAUACGAAGCUUAUCCCUACGUAAAAAUAUACGAGGAACCAGUCGAUCAGGAUAUAUUUAAACAACUCCGCGCAAGCUGGAAACAUAUACUGAUUUACGAUGCAUGCGGUAGGAAACAGUAUCAUUUUAAUUGGCCGUAUAGCUGGCUAGGAUAUCCAUUUGUAAGGUUUGCCAUGCUGAAUACAUUCCGGCAUCAUGUACGGCUCUGCGGAAAGUGCAAACCACGGGAUGUGCCUACAACCAAAUACAUGACAACAACAACAACAAUAACAACAACAACAAAACCAACCAUAAUUUCGUACAAGAUAAAGAAUAUUGACGGACCGUUCACCAACACAUGAGCUGAUUUUGCUAGACUUAACUUUGGUUGCAUUUGUUUUUUAAAAGAGAACUGGAAACUAAGUUGGCCAUGACAAAACUAAAAAUAAAUGGCAAAAAUAAUACAGUAUUUAUCUUUGUAAUGUUUGCAGCAGACGUAUUUAUAAAUUCU